AUGGUAAAACCAAGGGUGAUAUAUUGGUUUCGUACCGAUCUACGACUCCAUGACUCGCCGGCUUUGAAGGCUGCUUUGGAUCUUCAGCCCGAGGCUUUUUGGCCGGUUUGGACGUGGGAUCCGCAUUAUGUUUAUCGUGCGAGGGUUGGGGUUAAUAGGUGGCAGUUUUUGUGAGUUGUUCUUCAUUCCUUGGAAUGGAAAUAGUGUCAUACUAAUGUCUGUAGAAUCGAUUGCCAGAACGACCUCUCACAAUCAAUCACCAAGUUAAAUAAGAAAUCAAGACUAUUUCUUCUGAGAGAGGCACCACAGACUCUGUUCCCGAAAUUGUUCAAAACUUGGAAGGUUACUCAUCUGGUCUUUGAAAAGGACACAGAUGCUUAUGCUCGCGAUAGAGAUGCGAUUGUCAUGGAGGCUGCUAAGAAGGCUGGAAUUGAAGUGAUUGUACGAUCAGGACGGACGUUAUGGGAUAGUGAUGAACUCGUCAAGAAAAAUGGGAACCAACCGACAAUGACCAUCUCUCAAGUUGAAUCGGCAGGACCGAAAAUCGGUGCGGUUCCAAAGCCUAUUCCAGCACCAUCUUCAAUACCGGAUCCUGGAAAGACACCAUUGGAUUUUGAGCAGGAAAAGCCAGAUCAGAAACCGGAUCUUAAUAGUGCGCCUAGAAAACACAAUGAUAAGUCAUACUCAAAAAUAGCAGGACCGAAAGGCGAUUUUGCUGUUCCAACUCUUGAGGAGCUUGGAUUUCCGGCAGCAACUACAGAACAUCGAGGAGGAGAAUCUCAUGCACUUGAGGCACUUUCAAAGAUCAUGAAAGAUAAAAAAUAUACCGCCACGUUUGAAAAGCCCAAAACAGCACCAACAGAUUUUCUGCCGCAAUCAACCACGCUCCUCUCUCCUCAUCUCCACUUUGGCAGUCUGAGCAUCCGAGAAUUCUACUGGCGCGUCCAGGAUACUAUAAAGAGCUACUCUGGAAAAGCUUCCCAGCCUCCGGUUUCUCUCAUAGGCCAACUUCUGUUUCGAGACAUGUAUUUUGGCGCCCAGGCAGCUCUGGGUCACAACUUCGCACAAACGAUAAAUAAUGAGCAUUGCCGUUUCAUACCUUGGUCACUUCCGAGCGACAUCUCGCCUUCUACAAAAUUGCUUGCUGGCACCUACAAAAUCGAUUCUGAAGAGGCAGAAACUUGGUUCCAACGCUGGAAAUACGGAAUGACAGGAUUUCCAUUUAUUGACGCGCUGAUGCGACAAUUAAGACAGGAAGGAUGGAUCCACCAUCUUGGUCGUCACGCUGUGGCUUGUUUCCUGACGCGAGGCGGGUGUUAUAUUCAUUGGGAACGUGGUGCAGAGGUAUUUGAAGAGUGGUUGCUAGACCAUGAAACUGCUUGUAAUGUUGGGAAUUGGCAGUGGUUGAGCUGUACUGCUUUUUACAGUCAGUAUUUUAGGAUGUAUAGUCCUAUUGCGUUCGGAAAGAAAUGGGAUCCGGAAGGUAGCUUUGUGAAGAGGUAUGUGCCUGAGCUUGAGGGCGUGAACAAGAAGUAUCUCUACGAGCCUUGGAAGACACCGGUUGGAGAUCUGAAGAAAGUGGAGGUCAAAUUGGUGAGAGAAGAUGAGGUUAUGGAUAUGGUGGAAGCUUCGAAAUCUGGUAGAGAGGCCGGGAAGGGAGUGUAUCCUCGGCCCAUGUUUGAUUUCGCAGAGCGACGAAGGUUCUGUCUCGAUGAGAUGAAGAAGGCAUAUACGGUUGGGUUGUAUGGGAAUAACCCGAAGGUCUUGGAUGGAUCCUGGAAGGAGUUAUUCGGGGAUUUGCAGAGUAAUGGUAAGGAUGAGGCUACGGCGGAUGACAACGAAGCGGGGGAAGACGGUGAUGGAAAUGCGGAGAGCGGGAAGAAGCGAAAAAGGGGCAAAGGUCAGGGAACUCUAGAUGGUCAUUUCGGGAAAGUGAAGAAGUGA